GCGUGGAGAAGACGCGGAGACGCAGGGGCGGCGGUGCCGAGGUGACAAGCUGCGCACCUGGAAAGUUACCCGGUUGUCUGGUCUUUGAGCAAAAUGGGAAAUGGUUCAGUGAAACCCAAACAUUCCAAGCAUCCAGAUGGCCGCUCUGGGAACCUCACCACCGAUGCCCUGCGGAGCAAGGUGACAGAGCUGGAGCGAGAGCUGAGGAGGAAGGAUGCUGAGAUCCAGGAGCGGGAGUACCAUUUGAAGGAGCUGCGGGAGCAGCUGUCGAAGCAGACUGUAACCAUUGCAGAGCUCACAGAGGAGCUCCAGAACAAGUGCAUCCAGCUGAACAAGCUUCAGGAUGUGGUGCAUAUGCAGGGAGGAAGCCCGCUGCAGGCAUCUCCAGAUAAAGUGCCUCUUGAGGUCCACCGGAAGACCUCAGGAUUGGUCUCUCUCCAUAGCAGGAGGGGAGCAAAGGCUGGGGUGUCUGCUGAGCCAACAACCAGAACCUAUGACCUCAACAAACCCCCUGAAUUUUCCUUUGAGAAAGCAAGAGUCAGAAAGGAUUCCAGUGAGAAGAAGCUCAUUACAGACGCUCUUAACAAAAAUCAGUUUCUGAAGAGGCUGGAUCCUCAGCAGAUCAAAGACAUGGUGGAAUGCAUGUAUGGGAGAAACUACCAGCAAGGGAGUUACAUUAUUAAGCAAGGAGAACCCGGCAACCAUAUCUUUGUGCUGGCAGAGGGCCGACUGGAGGUGUUCCAAGGGGAGAAAUUGCUAUCAUCCAUCCCUAUGUGGACCACGUUUGGAGAACUAGCCAUUUUAUACAACUGUACAAGGACUGCCUCUGUGAAAGCUAUUACCAAUGUUAAAACUUGGGCACUAGAUCGAGAGGUAUUCCAGAAUAUAAUGAGAAGGACAGCUCAAGCUAGAGAUGAACAGUACAGAAACUUCCUUAGAAGUGUAUCCUUGCUGAAGAAUUUACCUGAAGAUAAAUUAACCAAGAUCAUUGACUGCUUGGAAGUGGAAUACUAUGACAAAGGAGACUACAUUAUUAGAGAGGGCGAGGAAGGAAGUACCUUUUUCAUUUUAGCAAAAGGAAAGGUAAAAGUCACCCAGAGUACAGAGGGCCAUGAUCAACCACAACUGAUAAAAACACUGCAGAAAGGAGAAUAUUUUGGAGAAAAAGCUCUUAUCAGUGAAGAUGUCAGAUCAGCUAACAUUAUUGCUGAAGAAAAUGAUGUCGCAUGCCUGGUUAUAGAUCGAGAAACGUUCAACCAAACAGUCGGGACUUUUGAAGAACUCCAAAAAUACCUUGAAGGGUAUGUGGCAAACCUGAACCGUGAUGAUGAAAAAAGACAUGCGAAGAGAUCCAUGUCUAACUGGAAGCUGUCCAAAGCAGUCUCUCUGGAGAUGAUUCAACUGAAGGAGAAGGUGGCCAGAUUUUCCUCGUCAUCCCCAUUCCAGAACCUUGAGAUUAUUGCAACACUGGGCGUUGGUGGGUUCGGAAGAGUUGAGCUUGUUAAGGUAAAAAAUGAGAAUGUUGCUUUUGCUAUGAAGUGUAUAAAGAAGAGGCACAUAGUUGACACUAAGCAGCAGGAGCAUGUCUACUCAGAAAAGAGGAUUUUGGAAGAGCUGUGUUCUCCCUUCAUUGUGAAGUUAUAUCGUACUUUCAAGGAUAAUAAAUACGUAUACAUGCUUCUGGAGGCCUGCUUAGGUGGGGAGCUAUGGAGUAUAUUAAGGGACAGAGGCAGCUUUGAUGAAGCCACCUCCAAGUUCUGUGUUGCUUGUGUGACAGAAGCAUUUGAUUACCUGCAUCGACUGGGUAUUAUCUACAGAGACCUGAAACCAGAAAACUUAAUUCUAGAUGCUGAGGGUUAUCUUAAAUUGGUUGACUUUGGAUUUGCUAAGAAAAUAGGAUCUGGACAGAAAACAUGGACAUUCUGUGGAACUCCAGAGUAUGUAGCUCCUGAAGUCAUUCUUAACAAAGGACAUGACUUCAGUGUGGAUUUUUGGUCCCUGGGAAUUCUGGUGUAUGAGCUCCUAACAGGCAACCCGCCCUUUUCUGGGAUUGACCAAAUGAUGACCUAUAAUUUGAUUCUCAAAGGAAUUGAGAAAAUGGAUUUUCCCAGAAAAAUAUCAAGACGACCUGAGGAUUUGAUUCGGAGGCUUUGCAGGCAAAAUCCAACAGAAAGACUGGGAAAUCUGAAGAAUGGAAUCAAUGACAUUAAGAAACACAGGUGGUUGCAUGGUUUCAAUUGGGAAGGGCUGAAAGCACGGAACCUCGCAUCACCUUUACAAAGAGAGCUCAGUGGACCCACAGAUCACAGCUACUUUGACAAAUAUCCUCCUGAGAAGGGAGUGCCUCCGGAUGAGCUGUCAGGCUGGGAUAAAGACUUCUGACAGAAAAAGAGAUGAUUACUGCCUAUCUACCACAGAAGAGGACUAUGAGCACCAAUAAUCCAACACUGAUUAUUUCUCUUUUUCGAGUAUUAUAAUAUCUUUUGGAAGACCUUUAGGGAAAAGUAAUCCCUGCCCGUGAGCUGAGAUGGACGAUAGUGGAUAUGGAGGUGGUUCUGAAUUAUAAUGUCUCAUUUAGUGCUGUGAAUUAUUCAUGUAUUCCAUUCUUUGCUUUUCUCAAAUGUUGAAGGCUAUCCACAGUUGGAACCAUUUUUGUUGAAGGGGCAUAGUGUUCUCUGCAGUCUGUUGCUCCAUCCCAGUCAUACCAUCUCCUUUGAGUCCUAAAAAGGCUUAAAAAGUGUCUUGCCCUUGAGCAAUAAAUCAUGCAAAUAGAAAGAAGAGCAAGGUGAAUUUUGCAAGGGAGUAUUUCCCCUGCUCUCAACAACUCCCUGAAGGCAUUAUGGCAUCGUCAAGUGGUGGUUUGCAGAAAUCUUGGUAGUCAGUAGAGCUCUUGAUUUUACCUGCAUUCAACUAGAAAUAUAUUAAUAUGCUUCCAAUACUAGUCUGGGGAAAGGCAAGUUUGAGUGUUUAGUCAGUACUUACCACUCCCUAAAAUAAAUGAGUUAAUUAAUGCAAGCAGCUAGUUAUAUUCUAUUGGGGAUCUUAGAAAAAAUAAACAGCAAAAAAUAUUUUUCAUUCUCCUGUGACCUCUGUGACACCUCAGAGACUUUUCAAAAACCUUGUUCACGGUGGUUAUAAUGUCUGGUUAAGUGAUGGGCCUUGGGAAGGUUUUAUCUUAUAUACUAAAUAUUUUCACAAAGUAGAAAACAUGCAACAACAAAAUUGUGAAGGCUUCUCCUUCCCAUUAAAUAUGGAAGAAAAUAAAUUCUAAUAGGUAAGAUUGCUGACUCGAAACUCUCAGAUAUUUUGGCCAAUUCUGUGAUUGUUGCUAUUAAUAAACCAAGAGUAUAGAAUAACUAGAGUUAAUUUUUAAUGAAGAUCCCAUUGGCAGAUGUUGAUGCAGUCUAAUCACUGCUGUGUUAGUAACUCUUUUGAAAGACAUCUGAAUUGCGGAUGUGUUUAUAAUUUUAGAUUGUUAAGGCAGGCAAGCCGCUGGAGAAGUGAUGGGACUUUAGAGGUACAAGGGUCAUCUGGCGUCUGCCCUCCUCCUGUCUCCUCUUUGUAGUCUUCCAAAUAAUGAAGGAAAUAGUAGUUUCAAUGGCGUUGGACGCCAGUUCCUAAGAACUUUACCAGUGAAUGUUUUUGUGUGUCCACCACAAUCACUCCCUCACCAUCCUUCUGGAAUGGAUGGGAAACAGACUUUCUCUGUAUCUUUUUGAUCUGGCAGAGUAAAAAUAACUUCUAAGUUAUUGCGUUAUUCAGGCUUCUGGUUAUAUUUUCAUAUGCUCGUGUUCUGUGGGAAAAGCAGCCUUUACCCACACCCUACCCAGAUUUUUAACAUUCAAAGUCAGCUAGAUGCUUCCUGAAGAGUUAAACCAGAUAAGUAAGGCCCAACGCAAGAAGGUGCCUCCUUAACAAACUGAAUUUCCACAUUUAGAAUCCUUUUGCUGAACCAAAGAAUUUUUGUUUCCUGGAGUAGUAUUUUUAAAGAUUAUGUAUUGUACAUAGAAGAGCCAUUUUUAAUAGGAUCGACAUAACCUGCUUAAUGAAUUUCUAAGAUUUUUAAAAGAUUUUUAUUUGCAUUUGGUUUGUAAGCACUGUAUGUUUUUCCAUGUAUAUAUUUUUAAAUUACCCACUUAUAAACGUAGGAAAUUUAUGUAUUGGGUGGAUAUUAGAACUGUACAGUUGUAAUAGCAAUGAUAUUCUUAAAGGAGAUUAAUUGUUGUAAUUCAAAAAAGACCUACAUAUAUACAAAUAAAAACCAACUUAGAUUUA